GUGCUAUGACUGUGACCAAGUUAGGUUCGCGAAGAAAUAAAAAUAAUUACGAGCAAAACAAUAGUGUUAAAACAAGAACCCCAAAAGGUUCUUCUCUAGUUUGCCAUAUUCAUUCUGCAUUUGCAAAGUUUAUAUUCGCCAACCAACUGCCAUUGACAUCCUUAUAGAAAAUUGCUACUGCGUUCUUUGGUUCGUUUUUGUUGCUUUUUGUGCUCAAACCUGACGAAGAUUCGACUGAAAAAUAUUGGAAAAGAAGGCAAAAUAGUCUGCCGAAUGAGUGUCGAAGGAAAAUUAUCUAACUGCAUAUUUACAUGGUGCAUACAUAAUAAGAGUCUCGUAAGCGUUCACACAGGCGUGCAGUUUCAACAACAAAAACGUAAUAUCAAAUGAAUACCUCGACGCUCAUAGCUACUGACGAAGAUAGCGCUGAAUGGUCCACUCUUCACUGCAGCAAGGAUGCGUUGACCGAUUUUUUUGGUUGGUUUCUACAAGGCAUUCUAGCAACGCUAGCGUUCACCUGCCUAAUCGGAAAGAGAUUCUGCGAGCCAUUAUACAACAGACGUUCCUGGGAAACAUGGUGGUACGACACAUCGAAGCAAGGAAUUGGAGCCUUAGUGAUUCACAUGACUAAUGUGUAUUUAGCCCCUUUGUUCCAGGGGGAUCCCUGUACCUGGUAUAUUAUCAACUUUUUGUUGGAUUCCACGAUUGGUUUAUUCAUCAUCUACAUUGGAAUCAAAACCUGUCAGUAUUUAGCCCGUAAGAAGAAGUGGGACGCGAUCAACUUUGGCGAGUACGGGGCCCCCAAAUCAUGGCUCUACCAAACCUGGAUCUACGUGGGACUGAUGGCAAUCGUUAAACUAAUAACGACACUGUUCAUCCAGCUCGAUAUAUGGGACAAUGUGAAAAACUUUGUUCUAUCCCCUUUCAAGGAUCCACGCAUUGAGCUGGCGGUGGUGAUGCUUGUGAUACCCUUCUUCGUGAAUAUCUUGAUCUUUUGGGUAACGGAUAAUUUUUUGAUGCGGCACACUCGAAAAAAACGUAGCACCGGCCCGUCGCAUCACCACGGCAGGGAACAUAGUUUGUUGCAAAAAGUAAAAUACAAAAUGAUACAAAAAACCAAACCUAAUGAUUCAGAAUCUGAUACUCUUUUAUCAGGCGAUGAAGAAAUAUUAAACUUCAAAUCGUCAAGCAGUGUCAUUGCCUCGUCGCAGAUGCAGUUAUCCAACGGCUGUUCCUCGUCGUCAGCGGCGGCCAUUGGCGACGAGGCUAUCAUUCUCACCUCAUCGGCGGCAUCACCUAGCAAUAAGCAAAAUGUCCAACAGCGAACUAGUGUGAUCAAUAUUUAGCGAAGGUUUUGUGUUUGCUUUCUACAACAAUUUUUAUAACUUGUCAGCAAGAGAUAUAUAGUCUGAGAUAUCAAUUAGCUCUGAGAAUGGAAGGCACCGUGAACAUACAGCUUCAUCGUUUGAGCCAAUAGAAAUGCAAGGCAAUAGAUUAGGUAUGAUUUUUGUUCUUGUUAAACACUGAGAGUAAAACUUGUGAUAUUUGUGUGUCUAUAUCUAUAUACGUAUAUUUACACAUUGGUUGCUACGAAAAAUGGUAAAACCAAAAACUGGAUGCCUCUAGUAGGGCACAGAAACUGUGCAAAUCAACUAAAAUCCAGUUGUAAACAGUGAUUACCUUAUGCGACAUUGAAAUCUGAUCAAUUUCGAAAUCAAGACCACUAACGAACAGGAUCACAUAUAUUGCAAAGUAGACGAGAAGAGCAAACGGUUAGAAUAUAACUCAUAAGCUAGGUUAAACCAAUCAAUAAAUAUAAAGUAAUAUCAAAAAUGCGAGAAACAAUUCGGAACGGUUUUAUUUUUUAUAUAUACACAAAUCAAUAUGGGAUUAUAUUACCAGCGGAAAUGAUAUACUAGUGUUUGUACUAUAUAAUAAAGUAAAUAUCAAUUCCAA